CGGAGCGGGAGCGGAGCUCGGCCGGGCCGGGCCCGCUGGAGAAGCCCCGCCCGCCGGCCCGGGGGGGCCAUGGCCGAGCGGGCCGCUGCCCAGGAUCCCACUGUCCCUGAACAAACUCCUGUGAGUGAAGCUGAUCAUCACGCUACAGAGAUCUCCUUGUGGACAGUAGUCGCUGCCAUCCAAGCCGUGGAGAGGAAGGUGAAUUCCCAUGCCAUGCGAUUACUGAAUCUGGAGGGGAGAACAGGGACAACUGAGAAGAAGUUAACAGACUGUGAGAGGACAGCGAUGGAAUUUGGUAACCAGCUGCAGAGUAAAUGGACUAUUUUGGGAACUCUGAUCCAGGAGAAUAACUUCCUGCAGAGGAGGCUAGAGAACAUGGAGAACCUGCUAAGAAACAGGAACUUUUGGAUCUUAAGACUGCCCCCAGGCACUAAGGGAGAAGUCCCCAAGGUGCCGCUGACAUUUGAUGACGUCUCAGUCUAUUUUAACGAGCAGGAGUGGGAGAACUUAGAGGAAUGGCAGAAAGAGCUUUACAAGAAUGUGAUGAAGGGGAACUAUGAGACUCUGAUCUCUCUGGACUACGCUGUUUCUAAGCCAGACGUUUUAUCGCGCAUUGAGCGAGGGGAGGAGCCGUGUGUCGGGGAUCAGUGGGAAUCUCUGGAAGGAUUGGAGGAAAGAGUCCAGAAGAAGGAAGGGCUGGUGGAAGGAGAAAUCCCUGUGGACCCCAGCGCAGGCCAUGCCAUUUCCAACCCUGACAUCCUGCCCCGGGCUGAAGGAGGGGAGGAGCCGUGUAUCGGGGCCCAGGGGGGUUCUGCAGACAGAGAAAUUCCCCAGGAGCCCAGCACAGUUUCCACAUCUGACACUUUAACUUGGAUUAAAGAAGAGGAAGAGCUGGAUGCUGGGGACCAGCAGGAAUUGGGGGAAGGAAGAAUUCUUACAGGCUCCAGCAUGGCAAAUGAUGGGACAGCAAACAAAGAGGAGGAGAAGCCCCAGGAGGGAUGUCUGGAAAAGUUAAAACCAAAGGAGGAGGUUUUGCAGAGCCUACAGCAGGGAGCGGCUGCACAGCUGUCAAACCCUGCAGUCACCAGAAUGGAGCAAUCAACCCAGUGUGGCCGAGACUUCAGCCUGCUCAAGGGCUUUGUGGUGCAGCCGGGGGAGAAGCCCUUUGCCUGCAGUGAGUGCGGGAAAAGCUUCCGGCUGAAGGGGAAUUUGGUCAAGCACCUGCGGAGCCACGCCAAGGUGCGGCCCUACAAGUGCACCGAGUGCGAGAAGAGCUUCAACUGCCAGUCGGAGCUGCUGCGACACCAGAUGAUUCACCGCGGGGAGAAGCCCUACAAGUGCAGCGAGUGCGAGAAGAGCUACAGCCGCAAGGUGUAUCUGCUCAACCACCAGCGCGUGCACACAGGGGAGCGGCCCUUCCAGUGCACGGUGUGCGAGAAAAGCUUCCGGCAGAAGGCCGUGCUCAUCUCGCACCAGCGCCUGCACACUGGCGAGCGCCCCUACAAGUGCACCCAGUGCGACAACAGCUUCAGCGAAAAGUCCAAGCUCAACAACCACUACCGCAUCCACACGGGAGAGUGGCCUUACAAGUGCACCAAGUGUGACAAGAGCUACAGCCGCAAGGUGUACCUACUCAACCACCAGCGCCUGCACACCGGCGAGCGGCCCUUCCAGUGCACUGCGUGCAGCAAGAGCUUCAUGCUCAAGACGAGCUUCAUGAAGCACCAAAGAAAUCACGUGGAAGAGAGUCCCCACCAGGGCAGCCCUGUUGCUAAAAGCCAUGGUGGGUCUGUUGACCAUCAGGGUAAUGACCUGGGAGAAGGGCUGAAACACCACAUUGAGUGUGGGAAAAGCUUCACGGGGAAGCCUGAGCUAGAGAGACACCAGCGGGUCCAUGUCAGGGAGCGGCCACAUCAGUGUGGCACAUGUGAAAAAAGCUUCCGAUAUGAGGAAUCUCUUAAAGAACAUCAGAGUUUCCACAGCACAGAGCAAGGGCAUCCAGAGGUUUCUUGGAGCCCCGGACAGGGAGCAGAGGCCGGACUCCUGGUUGUAAAGAUGGAAGAUACGUGGUAGCCAGUGGAGUUAACGUAGCAGGUGCGUUAGCCAGAGAAAAGGCAAGAGGAGGAGUUGAAACGUCCAUGGUUUAGAGAGAGCUUCACCUCAUCAGAUAUGGCUGUGUGUCUGAGCCCCUGGAGGAGAGGUGGAAACCCAGGCAGUGGACUUCCUUCUGUCACCACCUGAAAGGGGAACCAGGGACAGUAGCUGAGGAGGAUUCUUCUCUCUCAACCGAAAAUGCAGCAACGACACCAUGGGGACACGCAGGGGAACCAACUUCUGCUUGGGAAACGUCCCCACAUGAUGGCAGGCGGACGAGACCAGGAGAGGAAGAACUAGAAGGGACAUGAAUGACUGGGAGUAGAGGGGGAUGGGCAGUCUGUAUAGAAGGCCUGUCGCUGGGCCUCGCUGGACGAGACAAUUGCAAUUGCUUGAGCUAUAAACUGACAUCUCCAGUUCA